GUUUGAGAGAGCUUGUUCAACUCGCUCGGGUGCAUUUUUCAGUGCACAAGUAAAGAAGAGCACCUCCUGCACGUAGUAUCACAUUUGUUUUGUUUUAGUAUGAUCGGUGGCUGGAUGGUGGCUGGAUUCAGUUUGUCAGGAUGAUGGAGGACAUAAUGUUAAAGCACUCAGAGGAGUGUAAAGAUCCUCCUCAGCUCUUUACAUACUAUCAAGGCGACAUCAACACUGCAGUGGAUGAGCACUUCUUCCGUGCCCUGAAUAAAGCAACCACACCAAAAGACCUCAGUACUAAAGCCAAGGACAGCAAUAGGAUUCCAAAAUCUGAUGUCCCCUCAUCAUCAUGGGCUUCUGGUGUAACGUGGUCUAAGUCCACACACUCUUCCAGCUCUAAGCUGGCCCAAUUGACAACCAUGGGACCUCCAUCCCAGGGAGUUAUUGUGAACCCUUCAGUACUGUCAUCAUCAUCAUCAUCAUCACCCUCCUCGACCCUCUGGCCAUGUCCACCCAGACAGAGCACAGCCUACGAACUGCCUCAAAUACUCUAUCAACAGCCCAUGGCUGCUGAGAGCAGUGCCAGCUCUUACCUGAACCUGUUACAAAUGGAUCGGCCAACAGGGGGCAUCAUGAUCUCGCCCUUUUCUAAAUCAGAAACCAGACCAGAGUGGAAUUCUGGGACGGCCUUUAGGGAUGGAAGCAGGAUCGGCAUGGAUUCAGGUGUGCCUGUGUCAGAAAUCAGUAAGGAUUUGUACUGGUAUUGAAGGAGGGAUUUCUGGCUCUAUGUCGAAAAUAUAAAAGACUGUCUGCGUUUGCAUUAUUAUGUAAGCUUAAGAAUGCUGUGGUUUUCAGUCAUCUGGAAGAGUGAUUCAAACCAUUAUAUUCAUGGUGUCAGACAUUCCUCAUCGAUGAAUGGCAGUUAAUUGCUUGAUUUAGCCUUGAGGAUGUGCAUAAGGUAACUUCUAGUAGGACAUAAGUGAGAAUACCUAAUUGGAAUCAUUUAUAUGAUUUGUAAUACAUUUAUAGUUUUACCAGACUUUCUCUGUGUAUAGUAUUGUCAUAAUUUUCGUAAUGCAAAAACUUAUAUAGUCAUGUGUCAAAAAAUAUAUUAAAUAUACUGUAGUUACUCUUUAAAUGAAACUUUUCUCUUUCAUACCUUGUCCCUUCAAAAGCUUAUCCACAAAUGUUGACUCUGUAGAUAAGGUUACACAGAAGGCCAAGUAAAAUGAACUCAAAAAUAAAUUUCUUUGAAACUG